AUUCUGGACGAGCCGACCGCCGGUGUCGACCCGUAUACCCGACGUGCCAUUUGGGACUUAAUACUCAAGUACAAGAGCACCCGAACGAUACUACUGUCCACUCAUCACAUGGACGAGGCGGACGUGUUGUCCGAUCGCAUAGCCAUACUGUCCAACGGGCAGAUCAAGUGCUGCGGGAGUCCGCUGUUUCUGAAGCACAACUUAGGCGAAGGCUAUCACUUGAUAUUCGUGAAGACACCCGACUACCGGACCCAUCACACGGGUGGCUCAGCCGAUCCGCCAUCGCUCGAAGUGCAAGCAUUUGUCCAGAAGUACGCGCCGACCAGUAAAUACCUCUUCGAGACCCGCGAAGAGAUUCACUUCAUUCUGCCUAACGUUGAGCUCAAGAACUUUGUCCGCCUCUUCUCGGCGCUCGAGAAUCACCGCAAUCUGUGCGCUCUCAACGUCCAGACGUUUGGCCUUAAGAACACUACUCUGGAAGAGAUAUUCCUCAAAGUGGCGUCCAAUUGGAACUUCAAUGUAUUGAAGACAACGUUUCAACAGAACCACAAACGGACGCAUUCGUGGGACAAACCGUCGACGAGUGCCGCCGCGGCCGCAGCUUCUUCGGCGGCUGUCAACUCUCACCCGUCGGCCAUUCAUUACGACUCGGGCUUCAAAGUGGAGAACCGGGAGUACAUGAAAAUGCCGACCGCGAAAGUGGAGUGCAAACGGCGGCUACUGAUGAACCAAUUCUCGGCCAUUCUGUUCAAGCGGUGGUGCUGUACGAAGAGGAACUGGAAGGGCCUGUUCUCGCAGAUACUGUUGCCGGCGUUCUUCGUCUGCGUGGCGAUGAGUGUGGCCUUAAUAGCGCCCAAAUCGCAAGAUCUGCCGGCGCUGGUCCUGUCGCCCGCCCACUACUACAACUACACCCAACACUUGGGCGGCACUGUUAUGCCCUACGACGAGAGGGAUUGGGAUCCCAAACACCCGCACCAGUCGGACAACAUAUCUGACACAUUCCACUUGCCGUCGGGUGUGGGCGCCACGUGUCUGCUCAAGUUGUCGGACCCGGGAUUCGCUCACAAUUACACCCAACUAAGCGAUUACGAUCUCAUCUCGGAGUACCUCAAACUGAACGACGGCUGCACUUCAGUGCUGUUGCCCGGCGUUAAGCCCCGCAUAUUUUUGCCGGUGGCGCCCACCAGUCGGUCGCCCACCGUCACCACAACCCAUAGCCCACUACACAUGUACUCAGACAACUUGACCACAACAGCGCCGACACCGACGCCCCACUACUUUGACUAUUAUCCGUACUGUCAGUGCGCGGCCGACGGCACCGGCUAUAUAUGCGACGCCACGGGCUUUCAAAUGCCCCCCUCAUUCAAACUGAUCACCGGUGAUAUACUCAUCGACGUGACGGGUGUCGGUCGCGGCGAUCGGGAGCACCUCUACUACAUCACCACAACCGACAUGUAUCGACUGCGCCGAUACGGGGGCUUCACUUUCGGUCUGCAUCGCGCGUAUAUCCCCGAGAAGUACGCCCAGCAUAUGGAUCAACAACAGGAGCGUAUUCUUCGGCAGAUAGCCGUCCGCAAUAUAUCCAAAGUGUGGUUCAAUAACAAGGGAUACCACGCGAUGCCCACAUAUCUCAAUGCGAUGAACAACGCUCUGUUGCGCCAGUCGUUGAACAAAACCCGCGGCAAUCCCGGCGCCUAUGGUAUAACACUUAUCAAUCACCCGAUGGCCGACACCUCCUAUCAGGUGUCACAGGAGACGAUACUUCAGGGCACAGAUGUGUUGAUCGCCAUAUUCAUCAUUGUGGCCAUGAGUUUCGUUCCCGCCUCCUUUGUCCUCUUCCUGGUCUACGAGCGCUUCACCAAAGCCAAGCACUUGCAGUUCGUGUCCGGCGUUAAUGUCAUUAUCUACUGGACGGCCAACUAUUUCUGGGAUAUGUGCUCGUAUGUGGUGCCGGCCAUGUGUUGUAUACUGAUUCUGUUGAUCUUCGACAUACCUGCCUAUACGUCGGCCAACAACUUCCCGGCGGUGGUCUCACUGUUCCUGAUGUACGGGUGGUCAGUGACUCCGGUCAUGUAUCCGGUGUCGUUCCUCUUCGAAGAGCCCUCCACUGCCUAUAUCUGCCUCAUUGUCAUCAAUCUGUUUGUGGGCAUCACUUGUAUUGUCACAUCUUUCCUAUUGGAGGCCUUUCUCUUCUCGUCCAGUGUUUACGUUCCGAUAUUGGCGUACAUCCAUCGCAUACUGAAAGUGGUUUUCUUAAUGUUUCCCAACUAUUGUCUCGGCAGAGGUCUUAUGGACAUAGCGUUCAACGAAUACCAGAACUACAUCUACUCGAAGACAGAAAAGAGGUUUAUAUUUAACUCAAAACCUUAUAUAAUAGGGGAGUACUCGAAGAUGCGGUCGCCGUUCGCGUGGGAACUGGUGACCCGUAAUCUGGUGGCGAUGCUGUGCUCGGGGUUCGCCUUCUUCCUGAUCACACUGUUAUGUGAGUACAAUCUGUUUCAACUGCUGGGUCUUCGGCGCCGAACGCCGGACAACCCGUACCGCACGUCAGACCCGUCGGGCGAAGACGAAGACGUGGCUCAGGAACGGCUGCGGGUGUUGUCCACCGACAACGACAGCGACAAUGUAUUGCGACUGAAGGAGUUGACCAAAGUGUUCAAAAAGCCGCAAAAACAUCUCGCUGUGAAUCGGCUGUGUCUGGACGUGACGCGGGGCGAGUGUUUCGGUCUGUUGGGUGUGAACGGGGCGGGGAAGUCGACCACCUUUAAGAUGCUGACCGGCGAUAUACCCAUAUCGGCGGGCGAUGCCAUCAUUAAUCACUACUCUGUCCGCGAAGACCUACAUCGAGCCCAAGCGAACAUCGGUUACUGUCCGCAGUUUGACGCCCUUUUCGAUGAGCUGACAGCCAGAGAACACCUCAAGUUUUACGCCCGACUCCGUGGCGUCAAAGAGGAAGAGUUGGCCAUCGAAACGGUCAUCAAACGAGUGCAGUUGACCGAACACGCGGACAAACUGGCCAGAGAUUAUAGCGGCGGCACUAAACGCAAACUGUCCGCAGCCAUAGCGUUGAUAUCGGCGCCGCCCAUAGUGUUUAUGGACGAACCGACCACCGGUAUGGAUCCCUAUACCCGACGAUUCCUAUGGGAUCUGAUCCUAGAGCUGGUCCAUAACGAUAAGAUCUCGAUCGUACUCACAUCGCACAGUAUGGAGGAGUGCGAGGCGUUGUGCUCGCGAGUGGCCAUUCUGGUGAACGGCCGGUUCACAUGUCUCGGCUCUAUACAGCACCUGAAGAACCGGUUCGGCGACGGCUAUCACAUCAUCGCCCGAUGCGGACCACACGUCUCGGCUUCGUAUAUGAUUAAUUGGUUCGCUAAGAAUCUGCCCAACGCUGUCCUACGCGAGAACAACCACUCGAUUCUUCAGUUCGAGAUUCGCUACAAUCAGGGCAACAACGGCUCGCUGACCAACAGUACCGAUACGGACAGUACGGCCAGUAGUAGCCAGUGUAGCGCCAGCGCCGGUACCGUCGGAUCCAUUAGUCUCGCAGAGAUAUUUGAAAAGUUGGAAAAGUCCGGCAUUACUGAGUACACCGUCUGUCAGAACACUUUGGAUAAUGUAAUAGCGAUUAGCAUUUGA